AUGUCCAGUCCUGAAGUCGAUGAGGUUUUAUUUGCCUACAUUACCGUGGCCCCUCACGUAGUGAGCCUGGUGCUGAUCCGGAUGGACAAUGGCAUACAACGACCUGUCUACUACAUGAGCAAGUCGUUGCAUGAGGCAGAGAUCUGUUACCUACCCCUAGAAAAGGCCAUCCUGGCGAUCGUACAAGCCACGCGAAAACUCCCCCACUAUUUCCAGGCACACACAGUUGUUGUGUUAACCCAACUCCCGCUCAGGUCAAUACUCCGAAAUGUCGAUUACACAGGGAAAGUAGCUAAGUGGGGGACCAUUCUUGGCGCCUUCGACAUUAGAUACAUGCCUCACAGCGUUGUGAAGGGCCAAGUCCUCGCGGAUCUGGUAGCUGAGUUUGCUAAACCCUCACUAGAAGAAGGGGGAGGGAUACCAAGCACGAACGAAAAAUUGGUCAGCACAGUCUCUCAGCAAGGGCCCACCUGUUGGAAAGCAUAUGUUGACGGCGUAGCAAAUCAAAGGGGCUUUAGGGUGGGGCUCAUCCUGAUUUCCCUCGAGGGGAUUACUAUCGAGAAAUCACUAAGACUGGGCUUUUCGACCAUGAAUAAGGAGGCAGAAUAUGAGGCCCUGUUGGAAGAAAUGUCCAUGGUCGAGAAACUAGGCGGGAAAUCCAUAAACAUGUUCUCGGACUCAAGACUUAUUUUAGGACAAGUAAAUGGGGAAUUGGAGGCAAGGGAUGAAAAAAUGCAAGAGUACCUGGUCCAAGCUAAGCGCUUGCGUGUGCGUUUUAACUAUUUUAGCCUAAUGCAUGUAUCCAGGAAUGGAAACACCCAUGCCGAUUCUCUUGCCACGCUAGCCACCUCCUCGGCGCAAUGCCUACCUCGAGUUAUACUCGUGGAAGAUCUACACAGACCCUUGGUGGUGAAGGCCGAGUUGAUGCAUGUUUGCAGCGUCAGGGCAGGGCCUAGCUGGAUGGAUCCUUUGAUACUAUUUUUAAAGGAAGACGUCUUACCCAAAGAGAAGAGUGAGGCCGACAAGAUUAGAAGGAAGGCUCCUCAAUUCUGGCUGUCCGAGGACUUGAAAUUGUAUAAACGCUCAUUUUCAGGAUCGUAUUUGCUAUGCGUACACCCUGAUGCCACAAAACUUAUCUUAGAGGAAUUGUAUGAAAGAAUUUGUGGGAGCUAUACAGGGGGUAGGUCCUUGUCCCAUAGAGCCAUAACCCAAGGUUACUAG